AAAGCUCAUUCCACGUUUGACGCACGACAGAAAAUGUCUCUGCUAGACAAACUGUUACUGAAGGUCCUGGCACUUUCCGUGCUAGUAAUCUCCACUCGGUUCGAAUCCGUCGCAGCCAAGCCCGUCCCGAAAAAUAACGUUUCAUACGAUGACGAGACCGACGAUUUCGAUAUCGGAGAACCACUUACUGAAGAGGAAUUCGACAGGGAUAUUUCAAUCAAAGAAGGAGAAGACGAGUCGGAAAAUUUCAUUCCAUGGGGCAGAAAACCUGUCGAGCAAUUUGACUGCGAUGUUAAUACGCAAACAGGGCGCAAAAAUUUCCUGAGCUCCAGGGAGCGUUGGCCGGAUGCGAAAAUUCCUUACGAAAUCUCAGCUACUUACACACCGGAGCAACGAGAGAUAAUCGCGUUUGGUAUGAAAGCGUUUCAUAACAAAACCUGCAUCCGUUUCGUUCGUCGAACCACUGAAGAAAAUUACAUCAGAAUCAAAAAGACGGGAAAAGGCUGCUGGAGUGACAUAGGUAUGACCGGCCUCAAACAAACGGUGAGUUUAGAUGACAGAUGCAUAUUAAGUGGGGCGCCGGGUGUCGUCAUCCACGAGUUGAUGCACGCCCUUGGGUUCCAACACGAACACCAGCGUCCAGAUCGUGACAAAUACGUGUCAAUUAAUAUCGAAAACGUCGAUCCCAGGAACAGAGAUUACUUCGAAAAAAUGAAGACAUGGGAUUUCAGAACCACCAGAUUUUCUUACGAUUACGGGUCCGUGAUGCACUAUCCAGCGAACGCUUUCGCUAAAGACACUGGCACUCCGGUCAUUAUACCAUUAAGAGGAAAACCUGCCAUAGGAAACCGGAGAAAUUUCAGCCCGCUGGACCUCAACAGAAUAGGAAAACUUUACUGCAAAUCGGCCAAUUCAACAUUGACUUUACAUUGACAGAAAAUUCACCACCGGCUGUUAUUUUUUACUUAAACGACGUUGUUAUUUGUUGAGUCAAUUUAAAAAAAAAAAAAAAAAGGUUGCAUUUAACGUUUCAAGAAUGAAUAUACUAAGCCAAGCCCUUUCAAAAAAUGAACGAAUCGCUCGAUGCAAAUAAUUUUGUGAUGACAAAUAAUAAAGGGAGAAAUUCAGGAAUGGGCGCAAAGCUUCUGUACUGUUCUAAAGGUCGUUGACACGAAUUACUUCUCGCUACACAUAAACUGCUGAAUUUAUCACAAUUAAUUCAAGUCAGAGCUGAGUUUGCCUAGUACUUUAGCUAUAGCGACGGAAGCUCGUGGUAUUAUUUGGAUUGACGCACUCGAUUU